GAGGCUAGUACCCACGCGGUACGUGUACUCCGACGCUGGGCUUUCAUUCUGAUUCUGUGAUUGUGGUCCUCUCGUUUCCGUGUCGUUUCUGUCCGUGUGAAUGUGACCGAAUGUGUGGGACAUCAUGAUCUCCCUGGAUAAGGAUAAACUGGAGAGGCUCGUGCAGAUCUUUAUGCACAAGUCGGCGAUGCAGAUGCAUGCUCGGGAGGCGCAUCGGAACGAGGUGAAGCCGCAUCAGUGCCAACAGUGUCUCAAGUCCUUUUCCUCCAACCAUCAGCUGGUGCAACACAUCCGGGUGCAUACGGGCGAGAAACCCUACAAGUGUUCCUACUGCGACCGCCGAUUCAAACAGCUCUCCCACGUUCAACAACACACACGACUUCACACUGGAGAGCGUCCGUACAAGUGUCACAUUGCAGAGUGCGGUCGAGCCUUCAUCCAGCUGUCGAAUUUGCAACAACACUUGCGAAACCACGAAAGUCAGGUCGAAAGGUCCAAGAACCGACCAUUCCACUGCAACAUCUGCGGAAAGGGUUUCGCCACGGAAUCCUCUCUUCGAACUCACACCGGCAAGCAUGCAGCCCUGCUUGGGGGACCGAAUGCCCAGAGUUGCCCCGUUUGUCACAAACUCUUCUUCUCCGGAGAAUCGCUCAUGGAGCACAUGAAAUACACGCACAAGGAUCCCAAUGCCUCUGGGGUUGCCAGCAAACGGCGGAACACGCAUCACCCGUGCCCCGUAUGUGGAAAGCAUUACGUGAAUGAGGGAAGCCUGAGGAAACACCUCGCCUGUCACCCGGAAGCGGCCCAGAUCUCUUCCUCGUUACGCAUGUGGCCCUGCUCUGUCUGCCAGGCCGUCUUCCCUCACGAGGCUGGUCUACUGACGCACAUGGAGCAGCUUCGGAUGGACCCGAAGCACCAGUUCGCGGCACAGUACGUGCUGAGCCGAGCAGCGGCAGAGCGUCGGGAGCGGGAAACCCUCCUGGCAGCUGCUUCCGUCGUCGUCUCCAACCCUACCUCCACGAACGGACACUUCGGGAAUCUGCACAUCCCUGGAGCUGGCAGACAUGGCCAUCCCAUGUCCCUCCACCAACACCUUGGCUCCCUUCCUCCUCUUUCCUCUUCCCACUCCCAGGAUCAAGGGGACGGGAGUGGGACACCGAUGACCGUCCCCACACCGACUCCCACCAGUCCCCCUGGAGAUGGAGGCGAACCACCACUGUCGCUGUCUAGUACUCCUCAUCCCACUCCUAGUGAGUCCGGGAUGAGCCCCAACGGUCUCCUCACUCCCAAUCCUAUUCAACAAGCUCAACAAGGACCAUCCGGUCACCACCCCUCACACAGCUCCACGCCGUCCCCGGCCCUUCUUCUCGCUCCCCCAAGUCAGCCUAUACCGACUACAUCUGAAGUAGCAUUGAGGGAAUGCCUGAGGCUAGUCACAAGCCAGGCAGUGGCAAUGGGAGCCAGUGCACAAGAUGAAGUCCUUCGAUUCAACCAGGCAUUGAGGAUGCAUGGAGAUCCCCGAUUGGCUCUGGCAAGUCUGGGACUGAAUUUAGCAUUGGGAAAUCCGGCAGCAUUGAGGCAUGCAUAUUCUCCCCACCAAGGAGCCUCGGGACUUCAUCAUCCUGUCCAUAUGGGUGGAAACGGGGUGGGUGGGAUGGAAAUGUCCCACCACCACCCACAACAUCUGUCCCAGGUCCCACCCACAUCCUCCCACCAGGCUCACCAUCCUCAACCUCAACCCACGCAAUAAGCAUCCCCUUUGAUCCAUGCAACUGGACCUCGUGAAUGCUUGAGAGAGAGUGACUCAUGUUUCAUCAUAGAGAGAUCUGUUGUUUUUUUUCCCUUUCUUUUUUCAUUGCACCGGUAGCCCGAGAUCUCCCACUGAGGGUCUCCCACAAGUGCAACACUCGUCUCA